CAUACCCCUAUGUAGUAAAGGUAGAGAGGUUAUUUCCAAUAUAUACCCUCGGCGAGAAGAAGAAAGAAGAUGAUGAUGAAGAAGAAUUAAGUUGAAAAAAUACUCACGACGAAGGGUUUCUUUCACUUUGUACGAAAGUUUAGAUCUGAGAGCAUGAUGAACAAAUGGUAAUAGAAAGAUGUGACGUAUUCAAUCAAACUGUUACAUGAAAUUUAUCAGUUAUUUUACCUAUAUAAGCUCUUAGAAGUUAUGAAAGGUCUCCACACUUAUUCUUGUAUCUUCUCCACCUCUAUUAUUCCAAUAUGAUACUAUCCCAAACCACGUCUUACAGAAACAUUGUGUCCCUUUUUUCCACUAUGCAGACUAAUAAACUUCAUAGUACUAUUAAAAAGCAAAGUCUUCCUGAAAGGAAGAUUUCUACCUAUAAACCAAACAUUUGGAAAUAUGAUCAUCUACUUACUCUUACAAGUGAAUAUUCAGAAGAGAAGUACAAAGUUCAGGCUGAGAAGCUAAAAGAGGAAGUUAGUUGCACGUUUUCAAACAGUACUAUUAGUCCACUGGACCUGCUGGAGCUUAUAGACAGCAUUGACAAACUUGGCCUCAGCUGUUACUUCGAGGUUGAAACCAAAGAAGCUUUGGAAAAGAUAUUAAUGUCUGUGAAAACUAGUUCCAGCUGGAAGGAGGAGAAUCUGUAUGCUACUGCAUUGUGCUUCAGGCUUCUUAGGGAACAUGGCCACCAUGCUUCGCAAGAUAUGUUAAAGGAUUUCUUUGAUGGCAAAGGAAAGCUGAAAGUCUCAGAUGUGAAAACACUGUUGGAGGUUUUGGAAGGGUCAUAUCUAAGCAUGGAAGGUGAAAACGUACUAGACGACACACGAUUGUUCAUAACCAAAAACCUCAAGAGUCUUGAAUAUAAUUUGAGCAAUAGCUUGAGUUUUCCAUUGGCAUGGAGAGUGAAAUGGUAUGAUGUUAGAAAACAUAUCUGUGCUCGAGAACUUGAAUGCAACAACACAAAUCCAAUGUUGCUCAAGUUGGCAAAACAUAACUUCAAUAUAAUUCAAGCCACGCACCAAAAGGAUCUCAAACACGUAUUAAGAUGGCGGAGGAAUCUUUCCUUAGUUGAAGAUUUGAGCUUUACAAGGGAUCGGAUAGUGGAAAGCUUCUUUUUUGCUGUAGGAGUUGCCCCUGAGCCACAACACGGAAGCAUGAGAAAAUGGCUCACCAAAGUGAUUGAGUUGGUGCUAAUAAUAGAUGAUGUUUAUGAUAUUUAUGGUUCAUUAGCCCAAGUGCAGCAAUUCACUCGUGCCAUUAAGAAGUGGGAUCCAAAUGAAGUAGAAGGGCUGCCAGAAUGUAUGCAGAUCUGUUUCAGGUCAUUGCAUGAUAUAGUAGAAGAGAUAUNCGUCUAG